GUCGAACAUCUUUACAAACCGGUUGUGGUAUUAAAUGUAAAAUAGUUACAACUAACUGAUUUUUUUUUUCAUCGGGAAUUACCAGCAAAGAAAGCGAAAUUCCAAGUUGCUUUAUUUAGCAUACACACGCGAUCUUGGUGACCAUGUGAUUGUGUGAUUGUGAUAAUAAUUAUGAAGGUGAAGGGUGUUGUAUUCUGUUUAUGGUUUGUUUUUUUAGGUUUCCCUAUUGCUACAUUAGAAAGUUUUCCCAAUUCUACAAGCUCUACUGUCAGAAAGAGACGGCAAAGCAGUUUUAACUGUACUCUUCCGCCACAAUUGGAGAAUGGAAGGUGGCUAGUAACUGAAGCAGAUGUUAAACCAGGUGAUCAAGUAAUAGUCAAUACAAUAAUAAGAUUAGAAUGUCAUGAAGGGUACCAAUUAUACCCUAAUAUUCCUCUACAACUUUGUGAUAGUAACUGGGAUGAAACAACUUUUCCAACGUGCCAAAAAAAGUGUCCUUCAUUUUAUUCAACCGCAACUACCUCGGUAACAUGUAAAGAUGUAAAUAACGCAGCAGUACCUUGUGAUAAAGCCGUUGAUGGCACCUAUUUAACUUAUAAUUGCAACGCUUAUUAUGAAAUACCGCCAGGAGGUAGAAAUAUUCUUUACUGUGAUGAUGGCGUUUGGGACUUUCCGAAACCUAUAUGUCAACCAAUUUGUGGAAAGAAAGUGAAUACAGCAAUAGCUGCGUAUGCUUGGGGUGGUAGAGAAGUCAAAGAUUUUGAAUUCCCAUGGGUUGUAGCGCUGUAUCAGACUUUAGGAACAAGUUAUGAAAAUAUAUGUGGAGGCACUUUAAUAAGUAGAAGAGUUGUCAUAACCGCUGCUCACUGUGUUACGAAUACUUAUGGUAAAGCUCUGGAUAAAAACAAAUUUCAAGUUGCUGCUGGAAAAGUUUACAAUGCCUUUGGAGAUAAACGAGAUGUAAAUGCACAGUAUAGAAGGAUUUCUAAACUAAUUGUUCAUGAGGGAUAUAGAGGGGAAAGUCAAAGAUACGUCGCUGAUGUGGCUAUACUCAUUACCCAAGAGCUCUUCAAACUUGAUGUAGUGGUUCAGCCAGCAUGUAUUGAUAAUAUGAAUAAUAUAUAUUUAACUAAUUAUCAAAUCGGAGAGGUAGCUGGUUGGGGCCGUACUGAGGAAGAAAAGCCCUCAGAAAUACUUAAAGCGAUAAGAAUACCAUACAAAGAUGGCGCUACGUGUGCUAAAGAGCUGCCACAAAGCUGGGAAGAACAAUUUAAUUUUUUUGAUAAAAUUUGUGCUGGUCGUCAGAAUGAAAGUAUUGCGGUAUGUGAAGGAGACAGCGGGAGCGGACUGGUUUUUAAAAACCGAGAAGAUAAUAGAUACUAUCUUCAAGGAAUAGUAAGCAUAGCACCAAAUUUAAAUACGUUUCAGUGUAAUUCACAAACGAACGCUUUAUAUACUAGUGUUCCAUUCUACUACUCUUUUAUAAAAAGAGAAAUGACUAAAAAUCACUUAGAAGACUGCAUACUUCCAGCAUAUCCAAAAAAUGGGAAAUGGUUUCUUGAAGGAGGUAUAGAAAAAAAACCUGGUGAUAUUGUACUGUCCAGCACGAUCUUAAGGUUUUCAUGUAAUAUGCGACAUAUAUUGUCCUCUAGGUCACCAUAUUAUGACUGUCAAAGUUUUGAAGAUCAUCCCACCUGUUUAAGAGUAUGUCCUAAAAUAUCAUUACCUGCCGGAUCACAAAUAUUAUGCAAAAAUUUUAAGGACCAAUAUAUAGACUGCAACGACAUUGCCGAUGGUAGCAGCAUAACGUUUACAUGUCCAAACGGUUUUGUAUCAGACAGAGGCACACCCACUAGCACAAGAUACUGUCGCAAUGGAGUGUAUGGUAAUUCUGCACCUUCUUGUACAGACAUUAAGCAAAAGUCUGUGUACGUCUCUAAUACAUUAUACAAAUCCAAACCAAAAAUAGAACAUGCACCGACGACAACAACUAGAAGUAGGAUUACCACACCAAAAUCUGAAAUUACAUCAAAAGAGCCAACUCCUAUUCCAACUAUUAAGAACGAAAUAAAAAUGAUAUGUUAUUACGCUAGAUGGAUGGCAUAUAAUGGCUCACAUCUAGAAGAUUUUGAGCCUAGGUUAUGCACACAUUUAAUAUACGAGCAUAUUGGCCUUAGUUCAAGCGGAGAGUUGGAUCUGAAGGAAAGUGGACUAGAUUUACUUCAAAUGACGAUGGAUUUUAAAAAGAAAAAUAAAGAUUUAAAAGUGAUGAUCAACAUUGGUGCUGAUGAAUCUGGUAACUUAUUUUUCAAUAGGCUCUCUACAAAUAACCAAAUCAUAGAACCUUUCCUGUCAAGUGUCGUAAAAAUUAUGCGAACCUACAGUUUUGAUGGAUUGGAGAUUCACUGGUUUACAGAGCUCAGUAAAAAGGCUAUAUAUAUUAACCUGUUGAAGCAGAUUAAACAAAGGUUAGAAUAUCACGGAUGGCUAUUGAGUGUUGAUGUAUUUCCUUAUUUGAAAGACAUUGGAUACGAUCCUAAAGAAAUGGAUAGAAUAGUAGAUUGGGUAACUAUUCGUCCACGUGAUUUAUAUACUGGCGCGCGUGGUUACGUUGAUCUGAACACCUCUCAACCUACUUUCCACCGUUUUCACGACGGCGAGAACGGUUAUGAUAGCAAACAUAUUGCGGAAAGCUGGCUUGAUGCAGGUCUAUCUAAAGAAAAAUUGAUUAUUGGAGUUGAGUUUUACGGGGUCAAGUAUAGACAAACUGAUACCUUAACUACACUAGAAAAAGAACCAGUUAAAUACGCUGAGAUCUGCUCAAAUUUUAACACUUCUGAUGUAGUUGUAGUUAAGGAUAUGAAAACAGAAAUAGUAUAUCUUUUUAACUUUACGAACUCGUAUUGGAUUGGUUUCUACGACGAAAAUUAUAUUAGGUCAAAAGGCCACUACGUUAAACAAAAUAAACUGGGUGGUGUUGCUGCGUUUGCUAUAGAAUUUGAUGAUUAUAAAGGAACUUGUGGGAAAACAUCUCCUCUAAUACUGGCUUUGCUUGUUGGUUUGGGAGUUUGGUAAUUGAUUAGCAAAAACUGAAUUUAAAUAAAUUUAAUAGUACAUUGUU